ACCAGGUGAGUGUGUACUUCGUUUUCUUGGAUGGGGUUCUGGGCGGGGCCCGUAGACCCUCCUUUUCUUGGCGGGGGUCGGGCGUGCGGUCCCGGUCCGCGUAAUGUACGGAGGUACAGGGAAAGGGGUCUGGCCCCCUCGGCGUCAUGUCUUCGGUACCGGCGGCUUCCAGUCCGCCGGUUCUAUCCUCAAGCGCCGGGACACAGCUCCUUCAAGGAGCAGGGCAGAACCGAGAUUCAGCAGAUUCCUUCCCGGGGUUCACCCCUUCUCCUUUGAUUUCAGGUCUGUGGAGCCGCCCCAGGAGCCGGAGCUGUCGUAUCCCCUCCUCUUCCACUUCCCGUUACAAACAAUAAAGGCCGUUCGUUAGUAAGUUUGUGUCCGCGUUCCUUUUUUUCCGAGGCUACGGAGUUAGGGAGGCUGUACGCGUGAUUCCGCACUGCGGAUUCUGCAAACCUCUUGGACCUCAGGCCCCUGCCGGAGUGCCGGCGACAUUUUCGCAGAAGUUUCUCUGGCCGACCUUGCCGACAUCUCCGGAUGGCAGCCCUGCGCCGAACCCUCCACCUGGCGACCCUGGCGGCAGGGGCGCGCCGCGCCGUGGCGGGCUCCCUGGCUGGUAGCUGCCUGGCGGACCGUGGCCUCUGGGAUAAGCUCCACGCCCAGCCCCGUCAGGGCAACGUCCGCACCUUCGACUGGUUCUUUGGUUACCAGGAAGCCCAGGGGCUCCUACUGCCACUGCUGCAGGAGGCACCGGCUGCCUGUCCACCGCGGGUGUUGGACGUGGGCUGUGGGACCUCCAGCUUGUGUACGGGCCUCUACACCAAAUGCCCGCACCCCGUGGAUGUGUUGGGGGUGGACUUCUCUCCUGUGGCUGUGGCCCACAUGAACAGCCUCCUGGAAGGCGGCCAAGGCCAAACGCCCCUGUGCCCUGGGCACCCUGCCUCACGUCUCCACUUCAUGCAGGCUGAUGCCCAAAACCUGCAGCCAGUGGCUUCUUCAGGCACCUUCCAGCUAGUGCUAGACAAGGGCACCUGGGAUGCUGUUGCCAGGGGUGGUCUGCUUGGGGCUUACCAGCUGCUGUCAGAAUGUCUGAGGGUCCUAAGCCCCCAGGGGACCCUGAUUCAGUUCUCUGAUGAGGACCCUGAUGUGCGGCUUCCCUGCCUGGAACAAAAGGCCCAAGGCUGGACUGUGUCUGUGCAGGAGCUGGGCCCUUUCCAGGGCAUCAGCUACUUUGCUUAUUUGGUUCAAGUCUCUGAUUAAAGACUUUUCAGACCUGA